AUGUCUAGUGAAAGCACAACAAGUAGUAUUCGCCAAUUCGGCCUAUAUAGGACGAUAGACGCGCGGACAGAGGAGUUUUUAAGGCUUUCAAGGAAACGUCAGCUGCGUCAAGGGUGUAUCUGUGCAGCUAUAUCUACAGCUAUAACCGUUAUUGUUGUGAUUAUAAUCAUUCUCAUAUAUGAAUAUAGUAACAUCGGCAAUACACAGUCUGUAAAAUCCAAUUGGCUGGGAUUAAUGAAUGAAAGUGCAGACCACUUAACCUUCGACGUAAAGCACAAAUCCAAAUUGAACUUCGACCAGAACACGAUUAAGCUACUACCAGUGCUGUUAAAAGCAAUUUCAAGAAACAAAUAUUACGACCAAGAUCUGUACGAUAGUACCAGCCCAAAUUCAAUUGGCGACGUAAAAGAAACAACAGACCAAAUACAUAAGAAUAUAUUUGCUGAUACUCGGAACUGGAUGAAGAUGACACCAUCUAGACUGUAUGCAAUUGAAUUCAAGACUUCGCCAAUUGUGUAUUUCAAAAAUCCAACAAGAAGCAUAGAUUAUUACCGGAAGGCGAGAAAAAUUAGAGAUUACGAGCGAGUGAUGAAUUAUGUGGACAAAAUGAUUAGCGACAAGGUAACUGCAGGUUCCACGCAGCCAAUGCUAAAGCCAGACUUAAAUAAAUAUGAAAAAACAAUGCUAAAGGCAACGACACCUAUCUACAAAACAGAUAAACCAGAAACUUUAUCAAGCAACACGCAUGGUACGUUUCCAAUAAAACUAAAAGAAAAGCAUACGAAUUGUAAUUGCUGUGCAAGAAUAAGUCUUUUGCUAAGAAAACUUAUAACGAGCCUUCAAAAAAUUAUACCAGAAUUUGUAAAUAAUCAAGAGGAGAAAAGGAAAAACUGCAACGUUGAAAAGUCUAGUCCCAUAACUGAAUCAGAAUACGAUGUCAGACUUUCGUCAACAAUGAAGAGCUUACUUAAGUCAAGCACUUUAAGCACUACUACAAUUGCAAUUCCUUCUGACAGCUACAAACCAAAACAAAAGUCAAACAAAUUUUUCCUUCGAAAUACUGAAAAUUAUCAUGAGUUCAACAAUAUAUUAAAAUUACUGAAACCGAAUACAAACAAUAAUGAAACCCGUGAGGUUCAAAACAAAAGCCAACACAAUUUGACUCUUAUUCCAUCUGAAAGGCGUAUUAAAACCCUUUGGAAAGAUAAAUACCUAAGGAAAGUUCCAGAGUUAAAAGUAGUAAAGGAUACUACAUUUUAUUCGAUUGAAGAACCUAUUGCAGUUCGUUAUCCUCAUUCUCCACGAAUAAAGAACAAUGGUGUUUAUAACAACGAACACCGCCCGGAAGAAGCUUAUGAACGAGAACAUGUCAAACUUGAAGAAGAAAUGGAAAGAUCGAUUAACGAUGAAAUCAAUGGAGAGGAAGAUGCUUUAAAAGAAGUGGAGAAUAUGAUACAAAGUUUAAAAAUCGACUACAAAGCUACUCAUAAGCCUAAACAGAGGACAGCCAAUAGCUCAGAGUUAUAUCAGUCGGAGCUGGUUAAAAUUGAAGAGCAUGCAAAAAAUAUAAGCAAGUCUAUUAUGUCGCAGAAUAGGCCGACGUAUUUAGAAAUGCAAAGAAGUGAUACCAUUGUUCAAAAUGAAGAGAGCAAUAAUGUAGUUCUACUAAUCUACGAGUAUUUAAUAGUAGUAGAAACGUAUGCAGUACAAAAUAAUCAAUCUAAAUUUAAGCUUACAAACGAUCAGCCAAUAGCCGAUAGGCUCGAUCGCAGCUAUUUUGGUUUCGAUCAGGACUAUUUUGAAAGAAUGCCUCUUCUUGUUAAUGCUUUGCAAGAGAAUAGUUACGUCGAUCCAAAUGGUGAAAUCAUACCAUUACAUUCAGGUAGGAAAAAGCAGCGUUCCCAAACCAGCAAUAUACCAUACACAUACAAGACAAUACGUAGGACUACGCCUCGUCCGUUUAUAUUAGAAUAUCGUAGUCCAAAUCCUACUCCGUUUAGUUCAAGUUUUAACUCUCGAAGUUGGAUUGAGAGUUAUAGAAAUGCACAAAGACUUCAAAACUUGAACCAAGUUAUUAAAUACCUCGAAAAGACCCUUAACGCUAAAUUCGGGGAUAUUUAUGAACCGUCUACAGCACAAAUCGCAUUUUCCGGUGUCUAUGUAGCACCGAUAAAGGAGAAGAAAGUUAAAGCUCCAGAAGAUUGCAGCACACCGCGGAGCUCGAAUAAAAUUGAACAUAAAUCAAAUCACCAAUCAGAUCCUUUGUUCAUAUUUAAACCAGAUAGUCCGGGUGACAUAAACUUAUUAGCUGAUGGUUACAAAUUUUCUCCAUGGUUCACGUCGCACUUAAAACAUACCAAUAAAAACGCACCAAUAUUUAAACGAAUUAAUGAGAAGAAAAAGUGUCAUGGAAACAUUUGUGACACGAGUCCAACAACAAAUAAGAAUGACUUAAGUCAAACGGCUUUACUGAGCAAGCCAACUGCAUUUGGGGUGAUGCUCAAUUUAUAUCCAUUGCACUCUACAAUUCCUGAAGUAAAAAGCACUCCUCCGGUUGAGCAAAUUUACUUAACAACCGUAAGACCGUCUUAUCAAUUUAAGAAGAGAUCAAAUAACUUACCUCCCAGAAGAACAUCGUUUAAGCUCAAAUCGAAAACACGUACAACCAAGAAAGAUGUCGAUAUUACUUCAACACAACACACACCUUAUGUAGAGACAACAACCGUUCCUCAAAUGGUUGUUCAUUUCAAUGUUUAUUCUAUCAGGAAGAGCCCAGCAUCAAAAAAUGAUUACAAGAACAACUUUUAUAGUAGUCAAAGCAUUUCCACAACGGUUACAAGCACAGAAUCAAUUAACAGGUUAGACAAAAUUCAAUUGCCAGUAUUGAAUUCCUCUAUAAUUGAAGAUUAUCAUGCGGGAAGCUCAGGAGUCCUACCAGUCCAUAGCAGGGCAAAUCCACCUGUAACGACAUAUCCAAUAACAACCCUUGGCACACCACAAUACCAUCAGGACUUUUCAACCGAAUCAACUACCACAAACCCCCCAGAUAUAAUCAAGUUUAGCCCCGAAGACGCGAAAAUUCCCGAUGAAUAUUUGACGUUACGUAAAUCCGACGCCAGUUAUAUGACUGAAUCUGAUUUAGAUGAGAGAUAUGUUCAAGGUACUGUCGAGUCUUUUGACAAGGUAGACCUCGAUAGCGCUGCGUUAAGCGGUAGCCGAACGGAAGAUAAGAGAUUGGUAAUUAAAUUGAAGAACAUUUUGAAGACUACGACAGAAAUCCCAGUAACAACCGAUACUACGGAGGAAAAUUACUCGGAAGAAGAAGACGAAGAAUACAUAAGCACUACAACAGAAGGCACAGCCGAGACAUAUGUGCCGACAAUAAAUGGGCAUUACAGAAGUUCCAAACGCAAGAGCCUAAAUAUUUUAUUACACGAAAACUCAGAGAAAUAUAGAAAGAAGAAGGUGGAAACGUCAGUAACGUUCCAACGUUCAACUUACGUACCAAUUGUAGAGUGUGUUGUCUUUGGAACUCGGACUAUUAAAAAGUCAAAGAUGGCCGAAAUAAUUUUCCAAAGAAGAAAAGCGGCUACGGUCCUGGUCGACCCGCUGCCUCUAGUUAUUUUCCUAUUAAGUGUGGUCCUCUGUGGGGCCCAAGUAAUAAACAGGGCCCCACAUUUCGUCCCGCAGUCAGGAGAUAUGUCUCAAUUUAGUGUGGCUGAAGAUACUGCGGUUGGAACGCCUGUAUACCAGUUAAAAGGAAUCGAUCCCGAUAACAGUCCACUACGAUAUUCGAUAUCUGGUCAAUACUUCAGCGUGGAUCCUGUGACUGGUGUGGUGACGCUGGCGAAAUCCCUAAACAGAGAAAAGCAGACCUCCCUCGAAGUCAUAAUCAGUAUAACAGAUGAGGGAAUAGCUGAUACCGAGCCGAAUACUGUCUCGCUCCGCCGCGUUAUUCCCGUAAAAGAUGUAAACGACAAUCCUCCUGUGUUCCACAAUCGGCCUUACAUUGUUAAUAUCAGUGAAGCUACACUUGUUGAAAGUGAAAUUGAAGUAUCUCCAAAAAUAUUGGUAACCGAUCUUGACGAAGAGGAGAAUGCAAAAAUUCGCGUUUCUUGCUCCACCAAAGAGAGGGGAAGUGACUUUGAGGCCUGUUCUACAUUUCGAAUCGUUACAGACAUGAUAUCACCAAACAAAUAUCAAGUUAGGAUCUUCCUCGCGAAGCCUCUCGAUUUUGAAAGCCGUUCUGCGUACGUGAUAAGCCUAGAAGCCGUAGACCAAUCAGCUCGUCCUUUAAGAACGACCGCCAGCGUCUCCGUAGGUAUAAGAGAUGUGCAAGAUCAGCCUCCGGUGUUUCUCAAUGCCCCAUAUUCCCCUACAGUGCCGGAAAAUACGCCAGCGGGUACGAGUAUUCUAGAAAUAAUAGCGAAGGAUGGAGACACAGCUAAUCCAAGACAAGUACUGUUAACACUCGAGGAAGAUUCCCAAAUGUAUUUCCAACUUCUUCCCGGUAGGCCAAUUGGUAGAGCCACUUUGGUCACUACUAACAACCCUAUUGAUAGGGAAAGUGAUAUUGUAGUACAAAAUGGGGGAGUUUAUACGUUUUCUAUUAAGGCUACAGAACUUAUAAACAACGAAGUGCCAUCCGAUUUCACAGUCAUACCGGUUACCGUUAUUGUAACAGAUGUUGAUGAUCAUUCACCACGUUUCAAUAAGGAAGUAUUUGACGUAUCUAUACCUGAGAACAUAGAUAAUGGUAGUCCGAUUCCUGGAUUAUCCAUUUAUGUCGAAGAUAUUGACUUAGGUCAGAACAGCAAAUAUGAUUUAAAACUACGUAAUAUAAGAAAUUCAGAAGGUGUAUUUGCACUCAGCACCGAGCACGGCGAAGGACGUACGCCUCUAAGUAUUAAAGUAAGAGACUCGGCUAAACUCGACUAUGAUGUAGAAGAUGAAGAUAAACGACUUUUUAGUUUUGAUAUCGUUGCUUCGUUAAAUUAUAGAGAAUUAUCGUCAGCUAGAGUUAACGUAAAGCUAUUAGAUGUCAAUGACAAUGCGCCAACGUUUGAAGAACAGCAGUACAAGUUAAAUGUUUUAGAAAACGCUCCGGUUGGGACCAAAAUUAGUGAUGUUAGUGCUACUGAUAAGGACUAUGGAAUUUUCAGUGAAAUAGAAUAUACUUUAAGCGGUUUUGGUGCUCAUUAUUUUAAAACUGAUAGAAAUAAAGGUGGCGUAUAUGUUGCGAGGGAAUUAGAUUAUGAAACGCAAAAGAGUUAUAGUUUGACUCUGUUUGCGAGAGACGGAGGUGGAAAAGGCUCAACGACUAGUAUUUUCAUUGAUGUUUUGGAUGUGAAUGAUAAUGCACCGAUGUUUGAGGCAUCCGAAUAUAGCCGCACAAUACGAGAUGGCGCUACUAGUUUUGAACCACAGCUCGUUAUACGGGCGACAGAUAUAGAUGGACAAACACAAGGCGGAGGUCGCGUACUGUAUUCUUUAGAAUCCGACAAUAGUAUAACACACAAAGGCCAAGUGUUCAGCAUUGAUGAAGAAACGGGAGAAGUGGAAAUAGUAGACAAGGUUGAGACAAUGGACACACCAAGGGGACAGUACGAAUUGCUCGUUAGAGCGACUGAUUACGGAACCCCGCCGCUAUUUAAUGAAACACGUGUGUACAUUCGAGUCGGUGUACCUGGAAACCAACGUCCUACGUUUAAGGGAAACUAUCACCACUACAAAUACACAGUCAACCAACGAGAUGACGUGAACGAAGAUUUCACCUUCGACCUUAACCCAAUGAACUACAAAGCGAGUAUACGCGAAGAUGCUAAACCUGGGGACAAUGUGACAACGGUCAUCGCUAAUGAUCCAGACGGCCUGGAUGACUUACUGACUUACCAUAUUCUAUCUGGGUCUAAGGAUAAUUUCGUUAUAAAUGAGCGCACCGGUCUCAUAACAGUAUCCAGUGACGCCAAUUUAGAUCGCGACUUGAACGCGGAUCGAUACGAAAUAAUCAUCUCAGCCGUAGAUAGUGGUCGCCCCGCUCCUGAAACUGCAACCACUACAGUAUUUGUUCACAUAGCGGAUGUUAAUGAUAAACCACCGGUGUUCAACACAACGGAAUCAACUACAUACAUAUCAGAAAGAACACCAAUCAAUAUGACUGUCACUCAAGUUAUAGCCUACGAUACAGAUAUAUCAGCGAAGCUGAAGUACUACAUCAUAGAUCCUGUGAAGGCUUUCUCCAAAGCCGGUAUCCAAUUAAAACCUGGUUCCAACUACGAUUAUAAAAAUCUAUUUCGUAUAGAUGAAGACACAGGUGAAGUAACUGUAAAUGGAAAGUUGGAUUACAGCCAAGCGUCUAUAGUAAUACUGACAGUUAAAGUAGUAGAUAUUAAUGCAGAGCUAAACAAAGAACAAUUCGCUUCGAUAGAACAUACAAUUUAUAUACAGCCUUACGCAGAUGAUAACCCGCGUUUUAUUAACCCUGGAUGGAGUAGUGCAAACCCCCUAAUACAUCAUAAAAUCAAAGAAGAACAACCAAUAGGAAGUACUGUGCUAGUAUUAAUGGCGGAAGAUCCAAUAACUAAUUCGAAAAUAACAAACUUCAAAGUUAUUGAAACAGAAAGUAGUUUGCUUCAGGUAGACCCGUUUAGUGGUCAAGUAGUGCUAACAUCAAGUUUAGAUUACGAAGAAUUGAAAAGUCCAAACUUGACACUAACCGUUCAAGCGACUAGUAACGACGGAACGAAACACAGUAAUGCAAAAGUUGUGAUAGGGGUUAUUAAUAUUAAUGAUAAUAAGCCCGUUUUUGAAAAAGAGUUGUAUAAAGUAAGCGUUUUGGAAUCGAUAAUAUACCCUGAGCAUGUUGUCACUGUGAAAGCGAAGGAUAAAGAUGCUGUCAUGACAGAAACAGAUAAAGCAAAGGGUUAUUCUGAAGUGCGGUAUGCGCUUAGGGGUGAAAAUACGGAACUAUUUGUCAUCAAUGAAUCUACUGGUGUUAUACAGGUAGCUCCAAAUAAAACCCUAGAUCGUGAACGUCAAUCAGUUCUCAGACUUGAAAUUGAAGCUUUCGACACUCCGGCAGGUGGCGCUGAAAGACUCAAAUCUUCGUCGAUAAUACUCUUAGACGUUUUAGAUGUAGACGAUAAUUCACCUUCUUUUGAGAAAUCAGUUUAUACAGCGGUUGUUCCUGAAAAUGUUCCGAUUGGUAUAAGUGUUGUUAAACUGGUUGCAAUAGAUCCCGAUGAAGGCUUAGGUGGCGAGAUAAAAUACGAAUUCCUUGAUGAAGGAGAGGCUAAUAGUUUAUUCACAAUAGAUCCUACAACAGGAGAAGUGAAAACUCGCAAAGAACUCACAGGUAGAGGUCGGACUGACCCCUAUCGCCUCUUGGUAGGGGCCACGGAUGGCGGUGCUCACUCGGGGGAUACGUCACUUGCUAUAUACAUUGGGGAUGUGAGCGCUAACGAUGGUGUUCCGAGGUUCAUUCGACCUGCUGAAGGAGAGGAUUUACACAUUAGUGAGAAUGCUACCAUCGGCUCAACAGUAUUUCAAGUUGUGGCGAGUGACCCAGAUGAUCCCACUCAACCCUCAGGUCAAUUAACCUAUCACAUACAACGAACUGGUGAUGAUUCUGCAGUGUUUAGCUUAGAUCCACAGACAGGGGUCAUAACAACACGUCAGUCCCUAGACCGGGAGCGUAAAGCUGCUUACACACUGGUCCUCGCCGCAUCAGACCACGGCUCCCCCCCGCAGCAAAGCACACGUAUUGUAACUGUCCAUGUAACAGAUGUGGACGACCAUAAACCUCACUUUGCAAGGAAUCUGGAUGAUCCGCCUCUACUAAUGACAACGAAGGAAGAAGUACCAAUCGGAACUUUAAUUGGUAAACUUAAAGCAAUUGACGAAGAUAUCGGCGACAAUGCAGCGAUAGAUUACCGUAUUAUAGCGGGAAAUGAACUGGAGUACAUAAAGCUGGAAAGGAGUUCUAACAACGAAGCACUUAUCAAAGCGGCUGCGCGACUUGAUAGAGAGGCAAUGUCGAGGGUUUUGAUAACUGUCAAAUGUUUCAAAUUCGGCGCCACAUCCAGAUAUGGUAGAACUUAUAAUCGAUUGGACCCAUCAGAAAUCCAAAUCGCCAUCAAAAUACAAGACAUAGAUGACCAUCUCCCAGAAUUCGACACAACAAACAUGACAAUUGGCGUCCGUCUCAACGUAGCUGUAGACACCACAAUAGCUAUAGUUAGGGCGACAGACAGGGACCCUGAUGCACUCCCCAUAGACUACAGCAUUGUAAACAUGAGUUUCGAGUCACCAAUUAAAUCUAAAUCUCUCAAUAAUAUCACUGAUGUAAUCGUUGUCAAUAACACAACUGGAGAAAUGAGAAUUAUGAAGAAUUUGAUACAUUAUGCCGAUGGAAUAUUCAGGUUGAUAUUACGAGCCAACAAUUCCAUGGAAGAAGAGAGAUUCAGCGAUUUACAUGUUGAAGUGGUCGUCGUCCGCGAAAGAGAUCUACUUCGACUCGUUCUGCCCGCCGGUCGCGCACGUCUUGCAGCGCUGAAGCAAAACAUAUCACAAGUACUCGAACAGAAACAAUUGAAAAUGCAAAUUCACGACGCGACACAUGACGCUUUUUACGACAAUAUGGGGCCAUGUUUCCAAUUCCGUCAAACGGAAACGGGGGAGGCUCUAACACCGAAAGCGAUGAAAUCAACAAUAAGAUCACUCGGCGUUGAGUUUCAGCAAAUACUGCAGGCCUACGAGGUCCGUAAUAUCACUGAAUGUGGGGCCCCGCGGGCCCUACACUCGCAUUCGCAGAAGGCGUUGCUGGCAGUCGCCGGUGUGUUGCCGAUCGCUGCUCUAAUUGCUAUUAUUGUGCUGUGCUGCAUGCAUUCAAAUGCAAAACAACGGAUGCGGUCUGCGUUGCUUCUAUCUCGGGAACCACCGAUGGGGCCUCCGACCAACAUUUCGGGCCCUACUCGGAUAUAUGCGGAGCCUCUAUAUUCUACUUGA